AUGCGUGCAUAUCUUGCACCUGAUGCAUCCCCUCUUCCAGUACCGAUCAAGCUUCAGAAUGAUUGUUAUCCCUCCGCCUUCCCCUGUGAAUAUGCUCCCACCUCCCAUAAUGUCAAACUCCUGAAACUGCCUCCACGAUUGAUUGAAGUUUUUCGAAGUAUGGAUCUAAAUCAGAAGCGAACCAAAACGGUUGACCGAGUCGAUCCGGUUGAUCCUGCUGAGGUGUCGCCGGAAUCAACUCCGGUGUAUCUGUUUCCUGACAAGCGGUGGAGCAGACGUCAUGUGUUUAUCGGAAAUUGCUACUCGGUGUCGCCAGAGAUUGUAGCCGGGAGGUUUCCUCAGAUUUGGAGCGUGACCUUGAAGGGGAAACCGAGGUUUUCGAAUUUCAAUUUAGUACCGGAGGAUUGGGGAGCUGAUGUUCAUCCAUGGUUGAGUGUUCUCGCCAAAGCGUAUCCAUUACUGGAGGAGCUGAGACUGAAGAGAAUGGCAGUUUGCUACUCAUUGCAGGUUUACAAACAAUAUGCUGAGUACAGCUCAACAAGUAUGGUUAAGAAAAUUGUGGUUAACAGGUACAAUAAGGAGUAUCCUUUUAAAGGAAUGGACAUUGUCAUGGGAGCAUGGCCAUUUCUCAGCUUGUUUCAUCACCUGAAUAUGAAAGCUUUUGAUUCAAUUUCUUUCUUUCAAGUUUCAAAACAAGGGACAAACCGGAUUGGCAAAAAGGAAAUUCACGAAGGGCAGGGGCAGUGGUGCAAAGGAACAAAGGAUGGGCGGAUGCAGCCAAACAAGCCUAUGCUCAUGACUUCAUUUCUUCUUUACCUGAAGGCUAUAAUUGGGCCAUUAGCAGUCAACAGUCUACUUAAUGAGUCAAUGCAAUCUCAUUCCUUAAAAUUGUCUCCAACAUUGUCAUUCCAGUUGCCAGAGACAGGUUGCUUUUCAGUCAAUGCAUGGAAUGCCAGCUUUCUUUUAACCUGGACAACUGGAGGACAUGUUGUUGCUGUUACUGGAGAUGGAAAAAAUGAUGUUCCUACUCUACAUGAGGCUGAUAUUGGUCUUGUUAUGGGCAUCCAAGGAACUGAAGUUGCAAAAGAAAGCAGUGACAUCCAAGGAACAAAUGAUGCCAGCUUUCAUUUAAUUUGUAUUGACCCCGUUAAUGCAGUCCAACCAGAGUCAAUAACUACCUUGAGUAUCGAAAAGAUGAGUGAUGCGUACAUAUCAAUGGCAAGGAAAGAUAAGGAUUCAAAUGUUGAGGUGGAAUCUGGUGAAUGGAUCUAUUUUCCAGCUCUUAUCAAUAUCACCACUUUGUUAAAAAGACCAAAAUACCCUUAUGUUGCCUUCUGA